UGAUGCACGAUGCCAAUUGUUGAUAAGCUAAAGGAAGCUCUGAAACCUGGUCGGAAGGAUUCAACAGAUGAUGGCGAUCUGGGGAAGCUCUUGGCUUCUUCUGCCAAAAAAGUCCUCCUACAGAAGAUAGAAUUUGAGCCUGCAAGCAAGAGCUUCUCUUACCAAUUAGAGUCCUUAAAGAGCAAAUAUGUGCUGCUGAACCCCAGAAUAGAAAGUAUUGGUCGCCACAAGAGUUGUGAUGAGGCACAGAUCAGGAGACAGGGCAGUGAUCAUGUGUUUGAAAGCUGUAGUGAUGGUGUUCCAGCCCCACAGAAAGUUCUCUUCCCUAUGGAUCGACUAUCUUUGAAGUGGGAGCGCAUUUACCGAGUUGGAGCAGGUCUCCAUAAUUUAGGCAACACCUGUUUCUUGAACUCCACCAUACAGUGUUUGACCUACACACCCCCUCUAGCUAAUUACUUGCUUUCUAAGGAACAUACUCGGAACUGUCACCAAGGAGGUUUUUGUAUGCUGUGUGUUAUGCAGAAUCACAUGAUCCAGGCCUUUGCCAAUAGUGGCAAUGCUAUCAAGCCAGUCUCCUUUAUCCGAGACCUGAAAAAAAUUGCUAGGCACUUCCGCUUUGGAAACCAGGAAGAUGCACAUGAAUUUCUUCGGUACAUUAUUGAUGCUAUGCAAAAGGCCUGCUUGAAUGGCUAUACAAAAUUAGAUCGCCAGACACAGGCAACUACUUUAGUCCAUCAAAUUUUUGGAGGUUACCUGAGAUCUCGUGUUAAGUGCUCAGUAUGUAAAAGCGUCUCUGACACCUACGACCCCUAUUUGGAUGUUGCACUGGAGAUCAGGCAAGCUGCAAAUAUUGUACGUGCCUUGGAGCUGUUUGUAAAACCAGAUGUCUUGAGUGGAGAGAAUGCUUACAUGUGUGCUAAAUGCAAGAAAAAAGUCCCAGCAAGUAAGCGCUUCACAAUUCAUAGGACAUCCAAUGUCUUAACCCUCUCCCUGAAGCGCUUUGCAAACUUCAGUGGGGGUAAAAUUACCAAGGAUGUGGGAUAUCCAGAAUUCCUUAAUAUACGUCCAUAUAUGUCCCAAAGUAAUGGUGACCCUGUUAUGUAUGGAUUAUAUGCUGUACUUGUCCAUUCAGGUUAUAGCUGCCAUGCUGGACAUUAUUACUGUUAUGUGAAGGCUAGCAAUGGGCAGUGGUAUCAGAUGAACGAUUCUUUGGUCCAUUCAAGUAAUAUCAAAGUGGUCCUGAAUCAGCAAGCUUAUGUUCUGUUCUAUCUCAGAAUUCCAGGCUCUAAGAAGAGUCCUGAGGGCCCCAUUGCAAAAACUGCCUCUGCCCUUCCUGCUCGAACAAACAAUAUAGUUCCAGAACACAUCAAGAAAAAUAUUAGUAAUGGUGUUGACCCCUCACCAUUAAUUGGCAAGAAACUGGACUUAGUAUCAGUGAAAAAAUUGCAAACAUCAGAAGAGAAUGGUGUCCCAGUUUCCAGAAAUAGCUUUGCGGUAGGCCCUAAAUCACAGAAUGGAAGUGUUCAACUAAAGCUGCCCUUGGGGUCCCUGUCCCCAAAACUUUGUGCAAAGCCUAUCCAUGGACCCAUCAUACUGGAUAAAUUGGGAAAAAAGGUUAAGAAGCCUCUCUCCCUACAACACCUUUCUCCCUCACUAAAAGUGUCUCAGGGGUUAAAUGGCAUCAGCAGCUUAAGCAACACUAAACUUGAGAGCCGUAGGCAAAGCUCAUGGGAGAGCAAGAAUGCUAUAUUAGCUACCUCACCUAAGCUCCUGCCUGAAGUGACUGUCAAUGACCAUGGGCCAAAGAGUAAUGGUGAGUGUUCAGAUCCCAAGAGGAAGGAUUCCAUCAGCUCCAGCCCUGAAUACUCUUCCAGUAGUGAGACAGCCAGGGGGCCCGAGACCCCGAAGAGUGGAGUUGGCUGUUUCUAUACUUCUCAGGAAACAGACUAUUCUGCUGGUGAGCGUACCAAAGAGCCACCUGGUGGAGAGGAUUCUAAGAUGGUGAAGUUAAAGUCCCCUGUCCUGACCAAUACUACCACUGAGCCUACAAGCAUCAUGUCCCCCCCACCAGCCAAAAAACUGGCCCUUUCUUCCAAGAAGGCCAGCACCCUACGGAGGGCGACCGCCAAUGACUUCCAUUCACCUCCCCAUUCACCAUUUGCUGACCACACCUACCCCACGAAAAUCACCCACCCUGUCUUCUCUUCUUCUUGGCCUGCCAGUAAAAUCAGGGCUAUUUCACCUCUCAAAUCAUCAAAUCCUUUGAAGUCUGCCUUCAACUCCUACUCAGUCAAAGCUUCACCACUUCCCUCCAGCUUCAGGCCUUCAGGAAUGACUGAACCACAUAGCUGCUCCUUUGCUUCCAAUCUCCUGCCUCAGGUAAAUGGGGACUUUGUGUCCCCUUCAUACCAACAGCAGGGGGCCAGCAAUGCCCCUCACAGCUUCUCCAAAAAGAGAAGGAAAAAGCAUAUAGAAGACAAGCCAAUCAGAAGUUUGGAAGAAGAAAUCUCACAAAGAAAUGGGGAGGCAGCUGACCUUUCUCAUGUAAAGAAAAAGAAAAAGAGGAAGCGUAUAGAAGAAGGGCAUAGAUCCUGGACAGAAGUUGCUGCAUCUCUUAUUCAGGAAGAACAAACACAGAGUUGGAAUAGUGAGGUAGGAACAAAGUUAUGUUUAGAUGUGGCUGUUGAUGGGCUGGAGGAAGAAAGCAAAAACCAAGAGACGAAUGACAGUCACAAAGGAGAUGUGACUGAUGCCUACUACCUUAGCAAGAAGAAGGAGAAAAAUAGAAAGAGAAUGGAGGAAUGUAAUGAAGAGCAUUGUCACUAUCAGAAAUCAUCUUUGGACAGCAGUUGCUCUAUUUGGGACAAGGAAGAACCAGAGUCCAUUACAGAGUCCCCAAGAAAAAAGAAAAAAAAGAAAAGAAAACAAGGUUCAGAACAGGAAGGAGAAGAAAACGAGCACCAAAAACACCAGAGAAAGGACUGCCAAAAUGACUCCAAGAUCAUCCCUAAAGAAAACACUCUUUGCAAGGACAGCAAUCAGUCUCAAGAUAUGAAUGGCCAGCAUCCUGGAAAUAUUGCUCCAUAUAUGUUUUUGGAGAAGAAACAGGCUCCUCUUCAGCUCUGGAAUAGAGAGAAAGAAUCUAAUGUAGUCCAGGAAUUGCUGAAGUAUUCAUCUGAUAAAGCUUAUGGGAAAAAAGUUUUGACAUGGGAUGGUGAGAUGUCAGCCAUCAGUCAAGAUGCCAUUCAGUAUAGUAGACUGGCCCAGAAUGAGACAGUGAUUGAUGACUGGGACAAAGAAUUUGACUUUGGGAAGGAAAAGAAAACUAAGAAGUUCAAGCGAGAGAAGAGGAGAAACUUUAAUGCCUUCCAGAAACUUCAGAGUAGGCGGAACUUUUGGUCUGUGACCCAUCCAGCUAAGAUUACAAGCCUUAGUUACCGCCGCUGAAGCUUGCUGCUACUAAGAAAGCUUCCAGGAGAAAAAAGUAUCACUCUGUGAGCUGUAGCUGCUUGUCGUUGGAUCUAAAGAACAGAUGUUGUGGACCUUAAAUAACCCUGCUGCUUCAAGGGUGUUUACACUGUGAACCUAUCUUGGCAGGAGAAGUCUCCCUUCACUACUGUUACAGAUCAUCCUGAAAUAGAGUCUUAUGGACCAUUAUAUUACAAAAAGGAAAGUUUUAAAGAUUGAGAGUCUUGGUGACUUCAAAAAUGGACUAUAGGAAAAACCAGAAUCUGAUGGUACUGGAGAGAUAGCAGUUUAGUGGGCUCAAGGUAUGGAUUGAGUUUAGUUUACUGAGUGAUUAGAGAUUCUUCCACAGCAAAGAUAUCCAGCCAAAGGAGAUCUAGGUAUGGGGUAUAUAAAAAAUGCAAUGUGGAGGGAAGGAUUAGAUAGUUUAUUGAAAACUAGCAGUUCCUCCCAAUGUGUCCUAAAGUCAGGAACUUAAAGGAGGACAAACCUAAAAUUUAGUAACCUCAAUGGUGAAAAAUCAUCUGCACUAACACUGCUGGCAUUUUAAUAUGCUUCUGCUCACUUUCUUUUCUUUUGGGGUAUGGAGCUGGCAUUUCUCUGAACCUAAGUGAUUUUUCUU